UAAGAAAUCCACAUAAACUUGCCUAUCUUAUAGCUGCAAUUGGAAUGAUUAAAUUUUGGGCAGUAGGUGGCGCUAUGUGCGGUUUCGGCGGGAAAGGAACCAGGAAGGAAACGGAAGUUUGGUUUGUUGUGGAGGAAGAGGCUGAGAGGAGAGGCAGCCAUGCCGCGACCGAGGGGAUCCUAUUGGCAAAAGGAGGAGAUAUUGCUCCUUCUGCAUUUUGUCAGAAAGAGUGGCAUGGUGCCAACUCUGAUGCGCUCCCGCUCCGUGCCAAACAGGCCUAUUUAUAGAGAAAUAACUAGGCAAUUGAGGGAACGCGGAUACAAAAGAAAAGUUGAACAGGUGGGGUCGAAAUUUAAAGUAAUGCGGAACAAUUUCUAUAAGGUUCUUGAACUUUUUGGCGGCUGCCCUCCCAGACAUCUUUAUCCUCCAUACUUUGGCAUCAUGAAAAGAAUGUGGGUGAAGGCUGGAAAACCGAGCUGGAAACACAGACACCCCAACAGUCAGCGAAAAAUAUCAAGAGAUCCUGAAUUAGAUAGAGUGGUGGAUGAUGUCCCAAAAGCUGGCUCAAGUUCACACCAAUACAAUAGAUGUUACAUUCAAGAUACCUCUACAGACAGUGAUGAAAAUGAUGAAGAGACACAAGAUGUUGUAACGACAGCAGCAGCUAAUGAUGUUCAAUGUGGAAAGGGAAAUGAGAACACAGAGGAAACCAGAGAUCAGAAAGUGUAUAAUGAUGAAACAUCAUAUAUUGGGAAGAAUAAUACUGAGACUGACACACCAGAAAUAAAUCUUGAGGCGGAAAUAACAAUUUCUGCAGUAGAGGAAAUGGAAGAGGGAGAUGAUCUCGAAGAAGGAGUUGAUCUCGAAGAAGGGGAAUGUUCAUCUAAAAGUGGAACUGUCGAUGACACCCUUUGUCAUGACGCUGAAUCCAGAGGAUACAAAGGAUAUGUCGAGAUAAGUGACAGCGAAGACGAAAGCAACCAAGCCGUACAAAAUAUUCUUGGAAUAGACUUUACAGAUUGUCCCAUGAAGAUCCAGACAUUGCACAAGGCAGUUGUGUUCGCUAUCCAAUCCCAGGAAAUUCAGAACUCACGAUUCAUGAAUACCAUUGUCAACUUAAACAAAAGAAUUGGAACAGUGGAGAAGUGGAUUGCAUCAUGUCAUGACAAUGCCUCUAAUUUUUAAUGUUAAUGCUUUGGUUGGAUUCUAGGAUAGGCCAGGGAUAUAAUUGCCGUUCAUGAUAACCAAGCAAAGUUAUUUUCACUGUCGAUUGUGAAAUGUGUUCAAAAACUUUUUUUUCCACAGCAACAGUUAUUGUAACAGAGCAAGUUAUAUAAUGGCAGUGUUUGUAGUUUUUUUUUCAACAUAGACAAAUCUUUUAACGUCUGGUACACGUGAAGAGAGAACUUUUUUUAUUGCACUAUUUCAUGGGAACAUACUCUGUUAUGGAAUGUUUUGACAUUCACUGAGUGUUGGUAUCUGAAAUUUUUUUAAAAAAAAAAAUUUAAAAUCAAGGGAUAAUUAUUGGAAACAAACACCAUGUAAAAUCUGAUCAUGCUAUGUUUAACUUUUUCCCUUUACAAUGGUAUAAUAUCAAAAUUCGGUAUUCCUUGCAAGUAUAUAUAGUAAAGAUCUUUGCUUGUUUGAAAGAACUGUGAGUCAAGAUUUAACCUUGAUGUAAGGAGGAAGAUCCAGACUAUACACUCGUGAAUGCAGGCAUAGCUAUAAUCUUCUGUGGGGAAAAACUUAUUUUGUGACGUUAACAGUCUUCCUUGUUUAGGAAUUUGUUCCUGUGGAACUAGUUUUAUUAAUGUUAUCCGGUGUUCGCAAAGUAUAUAUUUCACAAAUAUACAAUGCUUUUCUUUUUGUCUCUUUUGAGACCAGGUGUGAAAUGAAGAUGAGGAUCUGUUAGAAAACAGUAAUCGUGACUUUAGAAAUACAGUAGACAUAUAAUGUGCUGUUUUGAAAUUUCCAGAUGUACAACUAUGGGAUCUCUUUGCCUCUAAAGCAUUUAAAAAUCUUAUCUUAAGAA